AGAUUGUGUAUGGUAUUGCCAGACUUUUUUGAAGAAUGCCUUUUUACUGCAGAAGACGUGCACUCAAAAGGGUAUUGAUCGGUUUAGCAGUUGUAUACGUCUUCGGCCUUGUCUAUCUGUACAAAGAGUCGUGGCGUAACGGAAUAGAGAUUGUUCAAAACCAGAAAGUUUUCCAAAUACAACCCGGAGAUAAUAAAUGCAAUCUUCAUCAUAUUGUCAUGAAAUGCCCAGCUAUUUGUACUUGUAAAAGUACAGUGGAUGACAUCAAAAUCAUGGAUUGCAGCUAUAGGGGUCUAAAAGAAGUUCCUAAAGGGCUCCCGGAUGUAAACCACAUCGACCUGAGCGGGAACAACAUAACGGAAUUGUCAGAUGACGAUUUCAUUGAAGUCAGUAACCUCUUCUUUCUCAACAUAAGUCGCAAUAUGAUCACCCACAUAUCCGAAAAGUCUCUAGCACAACUCUCAAAACUAAGGGUUUUGAACCUCGAGGGGAAUACGAACAUCUCUGGACAUUUUAUCUUGCCCGAAUCGCUAAUCAUGCUUAGCAUUGACGUCGACAUUUUAGACAUGAAUAUUUACGUACUAAAAUACCUAGAUAGACUUGAAGAGCUUCGGUUAGAGACCAAUAAAGUUGUUUUAGAAUCAGAUUUCUAUCGAUCUAUUCUGAAAGAUGUACCUUGCUUGCACAUAAUAAUUCUAAAUGGUCGUGCAAUACGACAGAUACCAGUGUUUAUGGUUGAGAGUUAUGGAACAAACCAAUUCAAACAAAGCAGAAUUCGGGCGGACAUUGAGAGCGGGUCUGUUACUGAUUUGUCUUUGGAGACCUAUCCAAGGAUAGGAGGCUAUACCGUUGGCCUGAUGUUGAGGGUGAUAGCAACGAAUAAGGCGGGUAUCGAGACUCUAACUAAGGAUGGAAUGACAUACUAUUCCGUUUUUAAAAUUGUGUCCCUAGACUUGUCAGGAAAUAAUCUUCGACAGGUGGAAACUGGUUGUUUUAAUAAGAUUAAAAGGUUUGACGCCCUAAUUUUCGACCGAAAUGAUUUAAAUACGUGCAUCCAUGACCUUUUAAAUAACCUACGAUAUAAGAAAGUCAACUCGCUCAACCUUGCGCAUUGUGGUAUAUCUGUACCAUUCCUGAACAGUUCAUUUUUCGAGCCAUUGAAGAAGACCGGAGUGAAACAUUUAGAUACAUCCGGUAAUAAUAUUUGGAGAUAUGAAUGUAAUGCUUUUAUGCAUUUAGCCAAGAGCUUGAUAUCGCUGAAUAUGACAAAUCUACCAAACAACAAAUCAUUGUUGCAGCUAAAGCGACUUAGAGCCUUAGAGUUUGAUCAAAUGAUAAUAGAUAACCGUCAAUCCCCCAUGUCAGCUCAUUUCCCUAAAAGCCUGAAACGUUUAAAAGUAUGUAAUCUACAGGACCACACGAGUACACAAAAACCAGUCGUUAUCUCCAACCUUCCAAAUCUCGAAAGUUUAACUAUUUGCAACACACUCGACCCUCUAAAGUACCAGAUUUACAACCUGCCAAAACUAAGGGAGCUCCACAUGAUCAAAAUCGGAACAAAAUUGGUGAAUGUGAAUAUAUCAGACACUAUACUAGAUCAACUUCAUGUUUUGGUGUAUCGAAACCAGGACAGAUUUGAAGGCAUCGAGUUUUUCAAUAUGCUCUCAAAAGCUAGAAAUCUAGUCAAGUUGGACAUCAGCCAAAAUGAUUUUGGGUUUCUCAAGGAUACCAUGCUAAGUAAAAUGGUGGCUGAGAUACAGCUAGAUAAUUUGAAAGAACUCAUCCUUGCUGAGUCGAAGUUUACCGAAAAACUAAUAGUACCUGGGCUAUUCAGCGGGGGAGAAAAUAUCCAGGUGUUGGACCUAAGCAACAAUAUGUUGGGAGUCCUUGUAGACGGAAUAUUCAAUGAACUGAAAUCCCUCGAAGCCCUCCACUUACAAGGAAACUUACUCACCUAUUUGGACCCUAGAAAUUUCCAUGGUUUAAAGAAGUUAAAGUAUAUCAACAUUGAAGAAAAUAGAUUUUUCUGUGACUGCAAGUUGCGAGAUUUCCGUAACUGGAUGAGGAAAUACCUUGAAACUGAAUGCAACACGUGGAUACAAGGAGUACAUCAGCUAUGUGGUCUGCCAAAGUCUAUGGAAAACCAAACCGUUGCGAAUUAUGACUUGAGCUGGAUAGAUUGUGACCAUAAUCUUCAAAUUGCUCUAGUGAUGGCGACAUUGGGGCCAUUGUUGCUCCUUGGUGCCAUAGUUGCCAUAUUAAUGAAGUAUAGAUGGCACAUUGAAUACUGGUGUCUUUUGCAAAGAUACAACAGAUGUCGUAGUGAUUGUUGCGAAAACCAUACCACAAGAAAAGAGCAUUACAAAUAUUCGGCAUUCGUUGUGUACAAUAGGCAGGACAUUGGCUGGAUCCGUACAGAAUUACUUCCAAACAUUGAUCUCCGUGAAAACGUUGAAAACGUCCAGCAAACAAUAAGAGAUGGAUGUCCCCAAGAAUUGUUAGAUGAUAUCGGACUAUAUGAUCUCAAUAACUUGCCAGAAUUAGAUCCCGAGCGGAUGCUCUUCCGGUUAUGUAUUCAUCAACGGGAUUUUGAAGUUGGAGAACCAAUCACGGGAAAUAUUGAAGAGUGUAUGCGCAACAGUCGGCGUGUGAUUAUGGUCGUAAGCAAAGCGUACUUUUUGAGCAAAUGGUGCAGCUUUGAAUUUCAAAUGGCUCUUCUCAAACUAUUCGAAGAAAGACGAAGUGUUAUAAUACUAAUAUUUUUAGAAAAACCUGACAAAGAAAAAGUACCAGCACAAAUGAAAGCUUUGAUGAACAAUAUAACAUACCUCCAAUGGCCAUGGGAUAAACAUGACAGUGGUGCAGAAAAAGAAAAGGAAUUGUUUUGGAUGAGACUGAAGAUUGCACUUAGCAAAGAGUGACAUUUUAUACUACUAAAUUGUAGCUCUCGUAAAUGUAUCUGUAUAUUAAAAAUAUUUCUCCUACCUCGUAAAAUCUAAAAUAUGUGGUCAUUAUCGAGUUAUUUAACAUUUAAAAAAGAGGAGCUGACGAUAUGGACAGAUUAUUAUACAAAUAGUGAUUGCCUUUGGUGAAAUAGUGCAAAAUAUUUUUCCAGAGGGAAUAUCCUGUCCACUGACAUGUUCCCUAGGCAUGCAGGCAGAGGGAACAUGCAAGUGGACAGGAUAUUCCCGAGGGGAAUUUUUUUAUACUAUUUUCCGAAAAUGUGGCAGAUCUGAAAAGUCCUAACCUAUCCAAUAUUCUCUGGAGGAAAGUUCGUUAGGUACACAAAUACUUCUUUCUCGUAAUUCUUUGUAAAUAAUAAUAUUUAUUGUAUUAUUAUGCUUUGUAAUUUUUUAAAUAUAAUCGGAG